AUUUUUGAUUGGCUGAAAUUUUUUCAGAGGAAAACGAAAAUCAUUGGAUUUCGUGUUGGGUGGUUAUUUUUCCAGUAUUAGUAUAAUUAAGAUAAAAACAAGUGCUAAUAAAUCAGCAAUAAAUAGAUUUAAAUCUGAGCAAGAUGGCUCUGCUUAGGCAUAGUGUAUUUGCAAUAAGUGCCUUACUGGUGUUAGUGGGGACAGUUUCCGUAAGGGCCAACGUUGAAGACUCCGAGGACGGCGUCACAGUAGAGGCUGAAGAUGAAGAACAAUACCACAGUCCCCAAGUGAGCCCUAGCAAAGUAUACUUCUCAGAGCACUUUGAUGACGAGAAUGCCUUCAAGAAGAAAUGGGUCAAAUCUGAGGCCAAAAAACAGGGUGUUGAUGACAACAUUGCCAAGUAUGACGGCAAAUGGGAGAUCCAACCUCCUAUACGGAAAAUAUUCAAAAAUGACAUGGGUCUGGUCCUGACUACAGAAGCCAAACAUGCGGCAAUCUCUGCAUUACUCAACAAACCUUUUGAGUUCACAGACAAGCCUUUAGUUGUCCAGUAUGAAGUGACCAUGCAGGAAGGACAAAACUGCGGUGGCGCAUACCUGAAGCUCCUGUCUCGCGGGACCAAUACCAAGUCGGACCUGCAGAAGUUCCACGAUCAAACUGCAUACACCAUCAUGUUCGGGCCGGACAAGUGCGGGAACGACAACAAGCUACACUUUAUCUUCAGACAUAAAAACCCCAAGAAUGGCUCCAUUGAGGAGAAGCAUAGUAAGAAACCCAGUCAACGUCUCGACGACAUCUACAAAGACAAGGAGCCACAUCUAUACACACUGAUCGUUCGUCCGGACAACACAUUCUCGAUCCUGGUAGACAAUAAGGAGGUCAACUCCGGGUCUCUGUUGGAGGACUUCACCCCGCCUGUCAACCCCCCCGAAGAGAUCGAUGACCCUAACGAUAAGAAGCCUGAAGAUUGGGAUGAAAGGGAAAAGAUCGUAGAUCCUACCGCGUCUAAACCUGAGGAUUGGGACGAGACUGCGCCCGCGCAGAUUGUGGACCCCAAUGCUGUCAAACCUGACGGUUGGCUCGAUGACGAACCCGAGAUGAUUCCCGACCCGGAGGCCGUGAAGCCGGCGGACUGGGACGAGGACAUGGACGGCGAGUGGGAAGCGCCGCUGGUGGACAACCCCGCGUGCGGCGUCGGCUGCGGCCGCUGGGCGCCGCCCACCGUGCCCAACCCCAACUAUAAGGGAGUGUGGCGCGCGCCGCUGAUCGCGAACCCCAACUACCGCGGCAAGUGGUCACCGCGCCGUAUCCCCAACCCCGACUACUUCAAGGACGACAAACCUUACAAAAUGACCCCUAUUCACGCCGUGGGCUUCGAGCUGUGGUCGAUGUCGCCGAUGCUGCUGUUCGACAACCUCAUCGUCACCGACGACGUGGCGGUCGCGGAACACUGGGCGCUGCAGACCUUCUCGCUCAAGAAGGCCAAGAUAUCCAGGGAUUCGCAAACGCUGUGGGGCCGUAUGCUGCGCGCUAUGAAUUACAAGCCGGGUUACUGGGCCAUGUACGCGGUGUACUGCGCCAUACCUAUAUCUAUCUACGUCGCGUUUCUCGUGAAACGAUCCAAAGAGAAAGAGGAGUCCGAGGCUGAGCUGAAGAAGACGGACGGGUUCGCGGAGGACGACCCGCCGCCCUCCGACGGCGAGGACGCGCUCGAGCGCCCUGAGCCCCACUCUACUGAGGAUACUACUCCGCUAGUGGACACGGAAGGCGCGGGCGACGGUCAGAGGAAACGGAAAUCGCGUAAGGAGUAAAUUGUGAGGUACUUUUUGUAGGCAAAUAUCUUUUUGUUUUUUCAUUUUGCUCUUUUUUCUUACGUGGUUCGAAAAUUUACGGAAUUUAUUUAUUUAACAAUCGUUGUCAAUACUUAUAUGAUUUUUUAAAUUAAUUUAUUUUCGAUAGAUAUCUUGAAGUUCAUUACACAUUUUGAAGUCGAAAAUAACUUUUUUCGGUUUAUAGAAACAGGCCAUGGAAAAAAAAUUAUUCAAUGAAAUUCCUUUAUUUUUUCAAAGUAAUGACUUUUGAUGGUGGGUAACGAAAUUUAAUAUUUAAACGAUUGUUUUUCUAUUUUUUGACCGAAUUUUAGCCAAUUGUAAUUCUUUGUUUUAUUAACAAGAACAAAAUUUGAUUUGUAAUAAAAGCAAUUUUUUUAGAAACGAAUUUAAAAAUGAUUUUUGGUUUAGGCAUUUACACUGUUUCGUUCAGUUUGUAAUUUACAUUUAGUCACAAACAGAGUCGAGAUGAAGACCUAACCAAUAAAAUCAUGUGUUGUACAAUUCAGUACAUAAAAACAAAAAUAGGAACCAAUUUUAUCAGAGCAAACUAAACUAGAAAAGUUAAUUUCAUAAUUGUCAAGCUUCUUAACUUAAAUCUCACGCAAGAUACGAAAUAUCACGUGUGACUUCAAUAAGUUAGAUAUACUAAUUAUUCGUUUGUUUUCUGCUGUACAUUUCCUUAAAGUCUGUGUUCUCACUAAAGCAUUUCGAAUUCAAAGCUUAUUCCUUCCUGCCAAAGAAACCAGUGUUUAUGUUGAGACUACACAUGAACAAAUGGACGUUGUUUUUUUUUUUUAAUUUUUGUUAAGCGUACCAUAGAUAAUAGUCGCCGACUGACUGUAAGAUAUUAUACUUUUGGAAUUUGUAGGUUUUUAAUUUGCUUGAGGGUUGGUAUUUUAAUUAACAAAAUUGUAUUAUUAUACUGCUGUUUUGCUGCAUAUUACAUAUUUUAGUUUUAAAGUUCCUAUCUCAUAUUUACAGACGCCGUCAUCGUAAAAGUUAAUAUAUAAUUAACGAAAAAUUACUUCGUUUAAAUAAUUUUUGGUGAUAUACCUACGUUGUUAGUUACAAACUAAUGAAAUAUGUACAAAAGAAUAAUUAAAAUACUGGCCCGAAUAUGUAUUAUAAUAAUUAUAAUAUAACAAUCCGUAUUGUAUUACAUAGUAUAUUGAUGGUCUAAUGAGUCAUGCUUACCAAUGUACUUAAAUAAUAGGUGUGAGCAACCAUUUUUAACAAAUAUAAAAAAUAAUAUAGAAUAGUAGGUUUUUAUAGAAUAAAAGUAAUGUAUGCUGUAAAAAAAGUAUUUUUUUCGCUUAAAUAGUUUAAAAUGGGUUUAAUGUUUGAAAUUAUAUAUCGAAUAUAUUUUGAGAAAUUCAUAAAUUUCUUUGUCAGUUCUCUCGCAAUCUUGUCAGAAAUCAUUGUUACAUAUAACAACUCUUUCGUUAACAAAUACAAGCCAUAUCUUGUUGUUUUUUUUUUCUGUUAAAACUUAUUUUUGUGAUUAGGUAUUGCAUUUAGCAAAUCCAACAGUAUGGUGUAAGCAUGAUCUCAUUGCAAACUACCUGAUGCGGUAGCUAGUAUAAAAAAAAUACAUUUAUUUAUAUUUAUAUCUAUGAAUUUUUGUCCGUAUGCGCGUGUGAGUGAAUAGGUACAAGAUAAUGGACUCUAAUUUACAUUAAUAAACAAGUAUUUAUAA